GGGAGAGAGGCUGCAUUUAAAACCCGCCCUCCAGCGAUCUCCUUCCCCAACUCAAUAAAAAAAAAAGAAAAAAAAACACCCUCCCAUUUUCUCUCUCACCAUUUCUCUUUCACACUCACUCUUCUGUCUUUCCCUCUGUCCCCCCCUCUCUAUCUUCCUUUACCUUUAUCCCUCGCCUUUUGCUGUCUCUCCCCACCACAAUCAUGGAUCUCUCGGUGAGGUGUUUGUUUCUUUUAUCAUGUCUCGGCGUGAUAUUGGCGAUAGACUUAGAUGCAGCUGAUCCAGGCUACUAUGUGGAGCCCACUGCCACAUCAGAGGCGAUCGACUACAAGGAUCCCUGUAAAGCUGUUGCCUUCUUGGGAGACAUUGCUUUGGAUGAGGAAGACAUGCGACUCUUUAAAGUGGACAGAAUAAUAGAUUUAGCGCAGAGGACGGUCCAGAACGUUAAUCACACAGAUGAAGGAUCUGACCAUAGUGGUAACGCAAAUAAUCAAGGUUCGCAGCGCAGGAAAAGGGCUGCCACCUCCAGACCAGAGCGUGUGUGGCCUGAAGGGGUUAUUCCAUAUGUUAUCAGUGGGAACUUCAGUGGCAGCCAGCGGGCUGUAUUCCGUCAAGCCAUGCGGCACUGGGAGAAGCACACCUGUGUGACCUUUAUAGAGCGAACCCAGGAGGAGAGCUACAUUGUUUUCACCUACCGGCCAUGUGGGUGCUGCUCAUAUGUGGGUCGCCGUGGAGGGGGUCCACAGGCCAUAUCCAUUGGCAAAAACUGUGAUAAAUUUGGCAUUGUGGUGCACGAGUUGGGUCAUGUGAUUGGCUUCUGGCACGAACACACACGGCCUGAUAGAGAUGAACACGUCAGCAUCAUCAAGGACAACAUUCAACCAGGGCAGGAGUAUAACUUUUUGAAGAUGGAGCCAGGGGAGGUGGACUCCUUGGGAGAAGUCUAUGACUUUGAUAGUAUCAUGCACUAUGCCAGGAACACCUUUUCCAGAGGUAUUUUCCUGGACACCAUCCUGCCACGCUACGAUGUGAAUGGAGUGCGGCCUCCCAUCGGCCAGAGAACCCGACUCAGCAAAGGAGAUAUAGCACAAGCACGCAAGCUCUACAAAUGUUCCAAAUGUGGAGAGAGCCUUCAGGACAGCAGCGGCAACUUCUCGUCUCCUGGCUUUCCAAACGGAUACUCGGCCUACAUGCACUGCAUCUGGAGAAUAUCAGUCACACCAGGAGAAAAGAUCAUAUUGAACUUCACCUCCAUGGAUUUGUACAGGAGUCACUUAUGUUGGUAUGACCAUGUAGAAAUCCGUGACGGAUACUGGAGGAAAGCACCGCUCAAAGGUCGUUUUUGUGGCGAUAAGCUACCUGAGCCAAUCAUCUCCACAGACAGCCGACUGUGGAUUGAGUUCCGCAGCAGCAGUAACUGGGUGGGGAAAGGUUUCUCUGCAGUUUAUGAAGCAAUCUGUGGCGGGGAUGUAAAGAGAGACAAUGGCCAGAUUCAGUCCCCCAACUACCCUGAUGACUACAGACCCAACAAAGCGUGUAUAUGGAAGAUUUCAGUCUCUGAGGGUUACCAUGUAGGACUUACCUUCCAGUCUUUUGAGAUUGAGAGGCAUGACAGCUGUGCAUAUGAUUACUUAGAGGUGCGUGAUGGGAUCUCUGAAAACAGCCCUCUACUGGGCCGUUUCUGCGGCUAUGACAAGCCAGAUGACAUUAAAACCAGCUCCAACCAUCUGUGGAUGAAAUUUGUUUCAGAUGGUUCUGUCAACAAGGCUGGCUUUGCAGCCAACUUCUUCAAAGAGAUGGAUGAGUGCUCCAAGCCUGACAACGGUCGCUGUGAGCAACGCUGUGUCAACACACUGGGCAGUUAUAAGUGUGCUUGCGACCCUGGCUAUGAGCUAGCUGCAGAUAAGCGCAGUUGUGAGGCUGCCUGUGGAGGCUUCAUCACCAAGUUGAACGGCUCGAUCACCAGUCCCGGGUGGCCCAGAGAGUACCCCCCAAAUAAGAACUGUAUUUGGCAGCUGGUUGCCCCCACUCAGUAUCGCAUCACUCUGCUGUUUGAUGUCUUCGAGACUGAGGGCAACGAUGUUUGCAAGUAUGACUUUGUGGAGGUCCGCAGUGGACUCUCCGCAGACUCUAAGCCACAUGGGAAAUUCUGUGGGUCUGAGAAACCGGAAGCCAUUACUUCUCAGUACAACAACAUGCGCAUCGAGUUCAAGUCAGACAACACGGUGUCCAAAAAGGGCUUCAAAGCACAGUUCUUCUCAGACAAAGAUGAGUGCUCCAAGGAGAAUGGCGGCUGUCAGCAUGACUGUGUCAACACAUUUGGCAGCUACCGCUGUCAGUGCAGGAGUGGCUUUGUUCUGCAUGAGAACAAACACGACUGUAAAGAAGCCGGUUGUGAUCACACAGUGAAUAGCGUGAGCGGCGCCAUCACCAGUCCAAAUUGGCCAGAUAAAUACCCCAGCAAAAAAGCGUGCACCUGGGCUCUGAGCACCACUCCAGGCCAUCGGAUCAAGAUCGCCUUCAAUGAGAUCGACAUGGAGGCCCAUCUGGACUGUGCUUACGACCACAUUCAGAUUUAUGAUGGGCGAGACGCCAAAGCUCCAUCUCUUGGUCGCUUCUGUGGCAGCAAGAAACCGCAACCCAUCAUCUCAAGCGGCAACAAGUUGUUCAUACGCUUUUUCUCUGAUAAUUCAGUGCAGAAAAAAGGCUUUGAUGCCUCACACUCUGCAGAGUGUGGAGGCAUUCUAAAGGCUGAAGUCAAAACCAAGGACCUCUUCUCCCACGCCCAGUUUGGGGACAACAACUAUCCAGGGGCCUCUGACUGUGAGUGGGUGAUUUCAGCAGAGAAGGGCUACGGCGUGGAGCUCAUCUUCCAGACCUUUGAGAUUGAGGAGGAAGCAGAUUGCGGUUACGACUACAUGGAGCUCUUUGACGGAGCAGACACAAAGUCUCCACGACUCGGACGUUACUGCGGCUCGGGGCCUCCAGAGGAGAUCUACUCAGCCGGUGACUCCAUUGUGAUCAAGUUCCACUCCGACGACACGAUCAACAAGAAAGGUUUUCAUGUCCGCUACACCAGCACCAAGUUCCAGGACACACUGCACUCACGCAAGUGACCAGCGGGGGCCAGAAGGGGCCGUGCAGGGCAGAGGGGCAAACGGAGGAGCACCCAGGGGAGGCGCUGGCCUGAUGCUCGGAACCCUUCGGCCACCAAGACAAACCAGACACGUCAGAACAACCGCAAGACCACCAACCGCACCUCCGCUCCUAGGGGCUCUAGCUCCCCCCACAGACUGUGAGGAGUAAAGCCAUUCUGCAGUACACCUUGUUUUUACCUUUUUACGGUUAGGAUUGGGGUGGGAGGGUGUAUAGGGAGGCAGCGGGGAACAUGUAUUCACCCAGUAACCUCCAGAAAUUUUUUGAUUCAUUCUUUGUUUUUUGUUAGUUUUUUUUAAAAAUAUGCCUUCUAAUGAAAGGCACAGAGGAAAACCUGCAGAUUCUCAGGACCUGCUGGAAGGCAGGCAUCAGCUGGACAGAUCCCUGCUUUUGUCAGGCCAACCCACCACAACCAUGGGGGGGGUGUGAAAACAUCUCCUGCACUCUUCAGAAAUUGCUGUCCUCUCCUUGCACUGUCAUCCCUUCAGUCCAAGGAUUCCUGCCGUAGGAGAACGAAAAGGACUUGACUUGAGCGUUUUAUGCUGUAUUUCAGUCAGUUGCAUGUAAUCACAAGAAAGGAAGAAAAUCUGUAGAGGGACAGCACCAGCAUUUGUAAUUGGCAUUACCCGGGCAGCCAGUAGCAAGAUCCUCGUGGUGACCAUUGACGAGGAAAUUAAGGAAGCAGUUAUCUUUUUAAAAGACUAAUAAAUGAAUUGUGGUCCAUAUCUUCUGGUUGGUAAUUGCUUGCCCAGUGACUGGCUAUUACUGUACCUGUAAUGUGUUUGAUCUUUCAAAGGGAACAUGUUUCAUUUUAAUUGUUUUUUUUUCCUCAGCUCGGACCAGUUAGCACUUUACAGUGAAUUGUUCCAAGACCAUGGGCUUAUAUUUGUGAAAUGCAAUGGCAGUUCACUUCUUUUUAAAUGCAUUUUAUCUCUCUUACUCUACUGUUUCUUUUUUUUUUCUCAUCAUGUUCCUCAGGCAUACUUGAACAUUGUGUGCCCUGCAACAUGGGGUAUAAUAAAGACAUGACUUGUG